AGAUGUCAUUAAUCGAUGUGAAGCUAUUGUCGACGACCAUAUAUCUUACGACGAGAAAUUAUCCAAUGUCGAUUCGUGGCUGACUUCAUUAGAACAACAUCUUAUUGCUUUGAGAACUGAAGAAACGAUAGAGAGUCCCGAAGUAAAGAAUUCUAAAUUGCAGUUACUCGUGAGUGAGCGAGAACAAGGAAAUCAUCGUUUGGCAGCACUUGGAGUAGCAGGGGAUCGAAUUUUACCCGACACUUCAGCACAAGGUCGUGAAAUUAUUAGACAACAAAUUAGACGUAUUCGUGAAAGGUGGGACAGUUUUGCAGAAGCAAUUUCUGAACAACAAAAAAAGCAGGGUUUACAGUCACUGCAGUGGUCAAGCUAUCAAGAAACUCUUCAACAAAUUCUUACUUGGCUUGAUAAUAUUGAACGUAAUGUAAAACAUGAAACGUCAACCAUCCCAUCUUCUCUUCAAGAGAUAAGAUCAAAGCUGCUAAAAUGCAAGACUACACAUCAAGAAAUACUUGCUCACAAACGAAUCAUUGAAGGCGUUUCGGAAAAGGCAAAUUCAUUGACCCAGAUUUCUCAAGCCCCGAUUGAUAUUCAAAAUAAAGUCAAGUCCGUUUGCCAAAGAUAUGAGAAAUUAUUAGAAACUUCCUUAAAAGAAUUAACGAACAUAGAGGCCGUAGCGGACAUUUUUCAGCAGUUCCACGACUUGGAGAAAACGUAUAAAGACUAUCAAAAACAACAAUGGGAUAAAUUGGGUAAUUAUAAUGACUAUACAGGAAACAAAGCAGCUUUACAAGCUCGACUCUCAAGAAUUAUUGAAAUUCAAGACAAUUUAAAUGAAGGAGAAGUGAAGUUAAAUGUCUUAGAUGAGCAUGUAGCUAAAAGUUUAGGAAUUGUAUCAGCAAGAUCGUACGAAACGAUGGAAAGAGACCUCAAUAAUCUUAGAUUCGAAAGUAAGAAAUUCGCUAAUGAAAUUGGCGAUGCUGUUCGCUGUAUAGAGGAAAGAAUUCAACAGUGGAAUGAGUAUGAAAAUUCGUUAGAGAGAUUGCUGAAAUGGUUAUCACAUGCAGAAACACUGUUAAAAAAGUACUGUUUGAAAAAUACAGUUGAAGAAAAGCAAGAACAAUUGGAAACUUAUCAGGACCUUCAAAAAGUUAUGGAAUCUCGCAAUGCGGAUGUCUUGGAAUUCGUGGCACUCGGUGACCAUCUCGAGCAAACGCUGCUUGUUCAUCUUCGUCAAAAUGAAAUCGAAUUCGACAAGAUGAACGACGAUUCUUCUGAUUUAAUUCUGAUAAGUGGAGAAUCAAGAUUCUCUGUUAGUAUUCAGCAAAUUACUUCACGAUUUCAAUCGAUUCAAACUACCACCAAGAAAUUGGUGAAAAAAUGUGAUCAAGCAUUAACAGAUCAUAUGGUUUAUGUUGAUAAAUACAAACAAUGUUCGGAACGCUUAACAACAGCUCAGCAAUUGUACCAAUCCACUCGCAACAACUUAUUUGGCACUCGUCAAGAACUUUCAACUCACAUUCAAACACUCUAUGAUCUUCUUAAUCGACAAUCUUCAAUAACAAUCUUAAUGAAUAGUACCGUUGAAGCCGGUGAACAACUUUAUUCAAGCACUGGUGACGAGGGUCGUGAGAUUAUUCGCCAACAACUUUUGGAUCUACAGCAGUCAUUAGAAACACUUUAUGAUAACGUUAUGCUCACCGAGCGUGAAACACAGGCAAAAUUAUCGAGUUGGACCGGUUUUGACGAGUCUAAUGAAUCUUUCGAAAAAUGGUUGAAAAAUGCUGAAAUUGAUCUUAAAUCGGAUAUCGAAUUAAAAACAACUUUAGAUGAAAAACGAGCUCAGUUACAAAUCUAUAGAACAUUUUUGCACGAUGCUCAAACACAUCAACAAGACUUAUUUAACUUAAGAGAUAAAGCGGAUUGUCUUCCUGAAUGCACAGAAAAAAUAGAGAAAGUUUUAAAUGAGUUAAACAGGAGACACGCAAUUAUAUUAAAACGCGCCGCUGGAUUUGUUGAAAGAUACGAAGGUAUUGUGAGUGACCAUCAACAAUACAGUAAAGCCGUUCUUGAUACUCACGAAUGGCUCGAUGCGACAUUAAACGCUGUUAAUAUGUGGGGUGAUGUUGACCUUGAACGAGUAUCAUUACAUACGAAUCUUGAUAGACUUCAGAAUCUUCUAAAGAGUUUACCCGAAGAUGAGCCAAGAAUCCAUCAAAUAAGAAAUCUUGGAGAAAAGGUUAUUCCAGGCACUUUAGAAUCGGGACAAAUCAAUAUUCGCUCGCAAGUUGAUUCAUCGCAACAGGAAUGGGAAGGAUUAGUUUCAACUGUAAAAACAACUAUAGAUACUCUUGAAACAAAACUACAACAAUGGAACGAAUUUGAACUUUCUAAAGAGCGCUGCCUCGCUUGGAUUCGUGAUACAGAUAUGAAACUUCACGCUGUAGAUUUGAAAUCAAUUUUGGAAGAAAAAAAAGAUCAGUUGGAAAAGCUUCGUAACUUACAGGGAGAAGUUCGAGCGAAGGAAUUGGAAAUUGAUGCUGUGACCGAACGAGCUCAUCAAUUGCACAAACAGUUAUCGCGAAAUUCUCAAAUUUCCGAAUUAGGCAUUAAAUAUCAAAAUAUAUCAAGUAAAGUGAAAGAUUUAAAUACCCGGUGGCAGCAAUACGUAAUGAGUCAUCAAGAGUUUGAUAAUCAAUUAUCUGGAUGUGUCCGCUGGCUUGACGAAAUUCGUGAUAAAUUAGCGUAUUGUGCAGAUCUUAGUGCUUCAUCACAAAAAGAUCUUGAAAAAAAAAUGGAAAUCAUUCAGGAUUUACUGCUUUACAAAGAAAACGGAUUUGCAAAAAUUCAAACAAUUGUAGAAUUAGCUCAGGGAGUUUUAGCAAACACUGCACCAGCAGGUCAUGAAGUAAUCAAUGAUGCAGUCGUAAAAAUCCAAGAACAAUGGAGUUCAUUGGCUUCUAAAAUGUUAGAGACUAAAACUCAUUUAGACGAUUCGAUAAAUAAAUGGGCUGGCCUACUUGAGCAAAUUCAAUUGAUAAAUAAAACAGUGGAAUAUGUACAAGCUUCUUUGGACGAAAAUUUGCCGUUUCAGACUACUAUGAGUGAAAAACGCUCUCAAUUAGAAAGAAUUAAGGUCGUAGAAGAGAAGGUGCGCUGUGAAAACAUUGAAGUUGAUGGAUUAAAGGCAAAGGUUGCAGAAAUGAUUGCAAGUGGACAACAAGGCAUUGCUGCUUCCGAAGCACAAGAAAUUCUUAACAAAUUUGAUAUUUUAUUCGAGAGAAUAAAAUCUCUAUUGGCGGAAAGAAAAUUAUUAUUCAAUAAUCAUCGGCUUUACAAGGAAGCUUACGACCAAUUGAUGGGAUGGUUAAAUCGAGCACGAGAAAAAAUUCCGCCGGUAAAGCAGCGUUCCUUAAAUGAUAAGCUUGCCAUUGAAAAUGCUGUUGCGCCACUUCAGAGUCUCUUGAUGAAGAAGGCGCAAGGCGAAUUGAUUGUUGAGCACUUGCAACAUACCGGUGAAGUUGUUUGUGCAAGUACAAGUACAGAGGGUCAAAAUAUAAUUCGCAAUGAAAUUCGCGCACUCACGGAAAGUUUUGAAAAUUUAUUUAAUGAUAUAAAGCAACAAAAGAAUCAAUUGGAGGCGACAGUCAGUCAAUGGCGCGACUUUAAAGAUGAAUACGAAAGGAUAAGCGAUUGGUUACAACAAUUCGAUAUUCUUAUAAAAGCUCAAAAAAACUCGCUCCUGUCAAAUGUACAAGAAAAGGAAAAGCAGGUGAAAGAAGUUAAAGAAAUUCUAAAAAAUUUAAGUCGAGGCCAAGAUCAAAUCGAUAAAUUUAAUAAGUCGGCUUCGGCAUUGCUUUCAACGCCAUUAGACACUUACGUUAAUAAUCAAUUACGGCAAUUGAAUUCGCGAUAUCAAGUGCAAUUGAAUUUGGCAAAAGACGUUCUGCAAAAGGUAGAAAUAAAUUAUGCUCAGCAUAAAGAAUAUGAAAAGAAUUUAGAAAAAACCAAUAAAUGGAUAGAAAACGCUAAGAAAAUUAUACGGCAUGGAACUGAAGCAGCGUCGAGUAGUAGUCGCGAAGAACUUCAAAAACGAUUGGAUAAAAUUCAAGAACUUCUAAGAAAACGUGAAGAAGGUCAAAAUCUUGUGCACCUUACUGUCAAUUCUGGGGAAAAAGUUAUGCGUAACACAAGAUCCGAUGGACGAGAAGAGAUUGCUAUUCAAUUAAAGGACAUUCAAAACGACUGGGAACGAUUAGUGAAAAAAAUUUCAACAUCGAAAGUACAUUUAGAAACGAGUUUACUUCAGUGGGCUGAUUAUAGUUCAUCAUAUUCGCAAUUACAGCAAUGGAUUAAUGAUAGAGAGGCCAAACUGCAGCAAGUUUGCGAACAAAAAGUUUAUAAAGCUCGAAAGGGUCUUGCGGGUAUAAAUUCGUUAGCUAUUGGUGAACGCAAAGCGAAUUUACGGCAAACCAAUAGUAUAGUUCAAGAUAUUGUUGCAUUCGAACCAAUGAUUCAAUCGGUAACAACAAAAGCUGAAGAUCUUCAACAAGCAACACCGGCUACUGAAAUUUCUAUUAAAUAUGAAACUUUAAGCAAACAAGCACAGGAGCUUUACGCUAAGCAAAAGGAAACUGUGGAACAACAUCAAGCUUUCAUAGAUAGCGGUAAUGAAUUCAUUCAAUGGAUUAGAAUAGCUAAAGAAAGACUUGGAAAAUGUUCUGAACCAACGGGGGACAAAGAAUCAUUGGCCAGUAAAAUAUCACAGUUGAAGGUUCUUCAAAGCGAACUUCUAGAGGGACAAAAGAAACUGGAAAAGGCACUGGAACAAGGUAAUCUUGCUUGUCAAAUAGCGGAGGACGAAGAGAAAGAAAUUAUUGAAGAAGAAGUUGCUCUCCUUCAAGAAGAAUUUGACAAUUACGUUGAAUCAUUAGGUAAUACGAAGAGUUUGCUCGAAGUGGGAAUAGUCAAAUGGACUGAAUACGAAGAUCAGUUUUCUGAGGCCACUGAAUGGUUGACUCAAACGGAAAAAUUAGUUCAAAGUUUUAACAAAUUACAAGAUAGUUUGGAAGAAAAGAAAAAUGUUUUAGAACAGUUCCAAAGCCAUCUCCAGACAUUGUUCGAUUGGCAAAAGGAACUUGACAAAUUAAACAUGAGGGCUCAGAUGCUUUUAGAAACGUGUGCCGAUACGCGUAUUUCAAAUGCAAUCACACAAUUAACAACAAAAUAUAAUGCACUACUUUCACUUGCUAAGGAAAUUAUGCGACGCCUUGAAUUGCAUUAUCAGGAACAUCAACAACAUAAUACCCUUUACCAAGAAUGCCAAGACUGGAUCGACAGAACUCGUGACAAAUUAAACGAAUGCAAAGAUAUCCCGAGUACGCUAGUCGAAGUUAACAAUAAACUUCACACUUGUAAAAUGAUACGUCAAAGCUUAGAGCAAGGACAAAAUAAAUUACGUUACGCAUUGGAAUUAAAAGAAAAAGUAAUAAUGAAUACUGAACAAAAUGGCGCCGUGAAAAUAAAAGAAAAUACAGAAAACUUAAAAACAGAUUUCGAUAAACUUCUAUUCGAUGUUGAUGAAACAAGACAAAAAUUAACUGUUCGAGCUGGCGUGCUAGAAGAGCUUAAUAAAAUGCAUAGACUUAUAACAGAUUGGUUGGAAGAAGUAGAAAGCAAUGUUCUCUUCGAUGAAGUUUAUCGAAAUGAUUUGAGUGAAAAGCGAGCUCUACUUGAGAAAUACAAAAGUGUUCAGAAAGACAUUCAGGGACAUAAUGAAAAUAUAGAAAAUUUUAAGCUCCGUUUAGUUAACGAUUCUAACGUUUCCAAAGAUCCGUAUAUUGCAACUCUUAAUAAAUAUGAAGAACUUCGUCAACUCGUUAGCCAAAAAAUACAAAGUCUCGAGGAACAAGUAAAAGAACAUGAAACAUAUCAAUAUGCAUAUAAUGAAGCAUCGGACUGGGUACGUCGAGCGAAAAUUGAUCUUCAACAGUACAGUAUAACCCAUGGCGAAAAAGAAAAAAUCAUUGAAAGAGAAAGCAAAGUGAAACAAAUGAUAUGUACACUUUCGAAAGGUCAAUCCUUGAUUUGUAAUGUAAUCCAAACUAGUGAGACCGUUCUUACUAAUACGGGACCAGAAGGUCAAGACAUAAUUAACCACGAUGUUAAUCAAUUACAAAUCGACUGGAAUCAAUUACAAUCACAUUGCCAGGAGGCUGAAAAAAUGCUUUCUAAUUGUAUUUUGACUUGGUCACAAUUUACAGCUGCGUUUGAAUGUAUACAAAAAUGGAGUAAUGAAUUCCAAUUAAAAAUAAACGAAGAACAAACAAAAGAUAAUAAAACACUAGAGGAUUCCAAAAGAUGCAAAGCUUUAGUUGAUGAAGCAAUUCGUCAGAAAUCUAUUGUCGAAGAUCUGAGUGAUAAAUGUGAAAUUUUGAUGGAAUUGAGUGCUUGUAAUUGGGUACGAGAGAAAACUGUUUUACUCCAAUCUACUUAUAUGGGAUUAUUAACAGAUGCUCAAGGGUUAGUAUCUAAAGUUGAAAAAAAUUUAUCCGACCAUACAGAAUUCAUAAAAGCAAAAAAAGAAUUUGAAGAUUGGUUAAAUACAGCUCAUGGUUCGAUUCAUGAUUGCAUCGGCGUGGGAAAUGUUGCUUGGGCAAAGGAUAAACUUGAAACAACAAAGCUUGUUGCAACAAGAAUCACCGAAGGUCAACAUUUACUUUCCAUUCUACAAUCUGCUUUUGCAAAAGCAAUUAACACUGCACUUCCAGAACAACAAAACGAGAUACGAACUGAUAUGUCUAAAUUAAGAUCUAUCUGGGAACAGCUGAGCAUAGACGUAAAUACAAUUCAGGCACAAGUUAAAGCAAUAAUUAGUAGGUGGGAAGAUUUUUAUGAUACAAAGGAUCGUUUUGAAAAGUGGCUCGAUAAAACGGAAGAUUACUUGAGAAUGCCUCACGAUACUAAAGGAAAACUCGGCGAAAUGAAAACACUUCUCGAGAAAUAUAAGCACGUUACGGAUGAAGUUCAUAAUAAAAAAGCUGAUUUAGAUCAUAUAAUGACUGAAGCUGCUGAAUUGUCAAAUUGGGCGAAAGACAAUUCAACUCUUAAUCAAGCAACGACUUUGAGUUCUCGCUGGGAAUCAUUAAAAGAUCAAGUUGACAAACAAAAAGAUUUUAUCGAAGACGAAAUAAAAGAAUACAACGCAUAUCACGCAGCUUUACAAGAAACAGAAAAAUGGUUUCUUCGCGUCUCUCUUCAAUUACUUGUAUAUAAUUCACUGUAUAUCAUUAGCGAAGAACAAUUUUUAGACGAAAUUAAACAACACCAAGCUUUACUUAAUGAAAUUAAAAAUUAUGAAAAUGUACUAGAUGAUGUGAAAGGAAAAGGUCAGAGACAAAUUGAAAGAUACGAAUCAUCAGAUUCUUCUAUCAAACCAACGAUUCUUACUCAAUUACAACAUGUGCGCGACAGUUAUAAUUGUUUGCUUGACAUGGCUUUGCAAUUUGAUAAAUGCUUAAAUAAUUCUUUAGCUAAAUUUCGUGAGUUUGAAAUGACGCUCGAAAGUAUUACGGAAAAUUUGGAAAUUUAUGAACCAGAAGUAGAGAUAGAACAACAAAAAAUACUAAAUACAUUAGAAUCUGCGAAAGACAGUUUGGUCUCGUCGAAAGAUUUGUAUAAUAAAUUGCAAGGAGAGAAAGCUCGACUUAUAAUUGCCGUAGAGGCUUACGAAGCCGCGGCUGCUUGUGUUGCAAGGCCCGGAAGUCCGCUUGAUGUGCAGCCGAUUCGCAUACCGGAUAAAGAGAUGGAUGUUCGCGCGCAUUUAGAAGAAUUGAUCGAUCAGAGUGAAACCAGUACUGCGACACGACGACUCGAAGUCAUUCUUGAUAGCAUCGAAAAGAAUGGUUGUUUGGAAAAAUUAAACACUUUAUGUAAAAAGAUGCAAUUACAUCUAUCUAAUGUAACAAAAGCAGUCAAUGAAUUAGAAGAACAAGCUUAUGAAAAAAAUGCUCUUAGAACGUGGAUAAGUCAGCAGCGCUGCUUGUGUGGAGAAUGGAAAUCAAGGCCAGCUAAAUUACGUACCGAGGCUGCUCAGUCCGAGCUUCAAGCAAUGAAUGAUUUGUUAAGGAAUAUGGGAGAACGUCGAAGUCGUGCUGAAGCCGAACUUUUGAUAAGUCCGGAUGGAGAAGAUGCAGAUAUUGAAGAGGGACUGAAUAAACUGGAGAGCGAACUUAUAGAGGCAAUUGCUGGGAAACAAGCAACACAAGACUUGAUUCAUAAAUAUCGUAACGAAGUUCAUGAUAUACAAUUUUGGUUUGAUGGUUUGUCGAAAAAGGUAGAUGUUAUUGAAAAAGGAAACGGUUCAACUAUUGACCAUAAGAUUGCAACCUUAAAAGAAAUUACUUCCGAAUUCGAAUCACAAGGCCCUGAAAGGUUAGAAGACGUUAGAAAGCUUGGAGAUCAAGUGAUAGAUUCCGUUAGUAAUUUAGACUCACAACAAAUCGAGGAGCAAAUAAAAUCUGUUGAACGAAGGCAUGGGGAUAUCAGUAAAAAACUUCAUCGAAAAGCUCUUGUGCUGGAUAUGACAGCUCAAGGUAUAGAAGCAACGCGAAGAGAAAUCCAAGAGCAUCGUGAGUGGAUUAAUGAGAAAAAGCGAUUGGCACGUACAUCAGAGCCUCUUGGCUAUGAAAGUCGUCAAGCUGAAGAAAAACUUUUUGCUCUGAAAAGUAUGUUAAAAGAAACGGAAGGUAAAAAUGUAAUGUCGGACUCACUGGAAAAGCGUAUUGGUAAUAUGCAAAAUGAAUUGGAAAUCAGCGAACAGCAGAAAUUAGAAGCUGAAACACGAUUAUUAAGAGGGGAGCAUGCAGAAUUGUGUUUCAUUCUUCGAGAGGAAAUUUCAACAGCUAUGGCUGCAGCUGAAACUCGACGUAAAUUGGAAAAUGAUCUUGAAAAAGCUAGAUUGUGGAUAAAAGCAACUAGUAACGAUUUGAAAAAACUCAGUGGUUAUUUACCCUUACAAGCAUCAAAGGUUGAGGAGGAUAUUACACAACACAAUGGCUUAGCAUCGGAAAUUAGACGCUUCAGUGAGGGUAACUUAAAAGAGCUUCUAAAACAAGGUAAUACAAUGUUGAGAGAAUGCAAUGAAGAUGAUUGCGAACGACUGCAAGCUCUUUUGGACAAAGUCAGUGACGAAUAUUUAGAAUUAAAAAGAGAAGCCCAGGAAAAGCAAGCGGCGCUUGCUGAUCUAUUGCAAGGGAGAAAAGUCUUUGAGAGUGAUUUGGAUAAAUGUCAACGCUGGAUAAAUGAGGCCGAAGUUGCUACAUCAUCUGAAAUACGCACAUCUGGUAUUGACGUACUUCGAGAACAAUUAGUGAAAUAUGAUCGAUUGAGGAAUGAGGCUAAAGAAUUUGCUGAUGACAUUGAAAAAAUAAUCCAACAAGGAAAAUCUAUUUUACCUACAGUAAGUGAUGUGGACAAACUGCAACUCGGUGAACAAUUAAAAAAUAUGAAAGAAGCUCAUAGUCGCGUUUCAGGCAUUAUUAAUGAGAGAACGACUACUCUACAAAAAAGUAUUAACGAGGCUGAAGAAAUAGCAGCUCAUAUAGCAGAGGCUAUCAAAUUCAUGACAAAUAUUCAAAAACAACUUCAGGAAUUGAAUAAGCCUAUAGGCUCACGAGUUGAAGACGUUGAAGCAAUGCUUGCAAAUUACGAAAAAAUUUUACACGAUUUAAAAUUGAAUAAAACGAAGCUUUCUGAUUUUCAAUCCAGAAAUGUUGGAGAACUGCAUGAUGUUAUAGGCCAACAGGAUGAUCUAAUUCGCUCUAUUGAAGCUCAAAUAGCCAAACUGCGACAAUUACUUCUCCUUCGUCAGCAAUUCAUCGCUCUUAUUAUGGAAAUAACGACAUUCAUUGCUAAGUAUACAGAAAUUGUGCGAGAUAUUGAGCAAAGCGGCCAAACUACGGAGGAAAAGAUUAAAAAAUACGAUGACGUUAUGAUUAAAAUUCAAGAGUGCGAAGCAAGUUUAGCUAGUGCUACGGAUAAAGGUCAACAGAUAGUGGUCGAUGGUUCGGCUUCUGACAGAAACAGUGUCAUCGAGCAACUACAAUCGUUAAAGCAACAAUUACAAACACUAAGACGAGCUGUAGAGAAUCAACGCGAACAGCACGAGCUUGCCGUUGCAGAACACAAAAGAUUAGCUAAUAAACUAGCUGAUAUUUUAGAUUUCCUCGAAAGCAAAGAGAAAGAGAUAAAAACUCGUCCAUUGUUAGAUAGACAACCGGAAAGUGUUGUAGUUGAGCUUGAAAGGCACGGUAUUUUAUGUGACGAAGUGAAUAAAUAUUUAGAUGAUAUUAGAGUGAUCAAAGAAUCGAUCAAGCAUGAAGAUGGAAUGCCAGGAUCUCUAAAAGAAAUGUUCAGCGAGGCAGUAUCAUUAUUAUCAUCACUUCCUAGAGAAAUGGAGGAACGUGAAAAUUAUUUAGACAAUAAUAUGCAAAUGAGAGUUGACUAUGCGAUACUGACAGAUAAAUUACAUAAUUGGGUACGAGAGGCUGAAAUUCGACUGGAAAGUGAUAAGGAAGGUCUUGAUUUUGAGAAUAUACUCAGUGAUUUGGAAGAACACAAGAUUUAUUUCAGUAGCGAAGCCUCUAUACGCGAACUUGUUUCCCAACAAAUACAACAAGCUGCUGAUAAAAUCUGGCCAUCUCUAAGUGCAUCUGAACAAGAAGAGUUGAGCGCGGAACAGCAGCAGCACACCCAACUACUAAAAAACACGUUGAACACUGCGAAAUCGCAACGUGCGCGCCUUGAGCAGGGCGCCGAAAUGUGGCGGGAUUAUGGUCAAACGUUGGAACGAGUCAAAGCAGUCGUUGGGAGAACGAAAUUUAUAGAUAAACCAGUCUCAGCGUUAGCCGGCCUACACUUCAAUAUCCAAAAAAUAACUCAUGCUCUAAAUGACAUUCAGAAUCAACAGUACGAACUUGACGUGUUGAAAGAACGCGGUAAGGAGGUCCUCUAUCAAGCUGACUUCUCGAAUAAAAAAAAAAUCGAGGCACAACUCAGCGAAAUCAACUCUGAGUGGCGCAAUUUGGUCUCUGGAUUAGAGGGCCGACGCAACACUCUUGACUCCCUGUCCAGUCACUGGGAGGAUCUGGAAUCGAAGUGGUCCAGCACCGAAGCGAAACUCAAUGCGAUUGAGGAGCGAGGCAAACUUGUUGACACGGUAGUCCGGUCAAAACAGCAUCUGUUGGACACAGCCAAGACACUCGGUGAAUUAAUAGUUGAGGCGGAGACUUCAAAAUCUGACGCAGAAGAGGUAAAUGAUCUGGCAAGUCCUGUUCUAUCAUAUCUUGCAGCCUUUACCGAACCUCCUGCAAAUGCUCUUCAGGAACGCAUUAAUAAACUUAGUGAGGCCGUCGAUACCCUUGUCAAUUUGCUGCGAUUUAAGUUGGAAAAGGCAAACGAAGAUCUACAAAGUUUGCGGCUUGUUGAGGAGAAGUUAGAGCUCCAUCGUGAGCGCCUUGAAUCUAUCAACUCUUGCAUCGACAAGUUUUAUGUUUAUGGGGCAAAUCAGAACGUAAUCGAGGGCGAGCUUGUCGUUCUUGGAUCGGAGCUCGAGUCGGAACUCGAGUCUCUGCGACAAUUCUCUGGGACAACUAAAGGACAAUAUCAAGCCAGCCAGCAACUUGUACCAAUUGACGUGGCGCAAAAGCUAGCCGCCCUUGAAUUACAGGCUGAAGAUACUAAUCAAGUGAUGGAGGAAAAGCAGCGCGAGCAGAAGCGUGCCAAAACAACGCGAACCGAUUACUUAACGGAUGUCGAUGAGCUACAAGCAUGGAUACGCGAAUCCGAGCUCAAAGUUCAAGACAGAUCAUGCGAGCCCUCCAAAAUGAUGGAAAAUCUGCGACAAAUACAAAAUGAGCUACCAUCGUUCACCGAUAAGCUCGAAAGAUUAACGAAGAAUGGUAAGGCAAUAAUCGAGACGACGAAGGACGACGAAGAGAAGCAAUUGACAGCUGGAACGGUGGCUACUUUAACGGAGCAAUUAAUUCAGGUUAAGUCUUGGCUUGACGAAAAGAAACAAUUGGUUGGUGAUACGCUAGAUGCUUGGCAGAGGUUCCUCGUACUUUUGGAGACUGUCAAAACUUGGACUGCGGAGAAAAGAAUAUUCUUGGCAGAGCCAUUAAAAUUGAGUAGUCUCAAUCAGGCGCGACAAAAGCUUCACGAAUACGCGACCGCUGUUAAAAGCUGUAAACAAGUGAACAAAAACUUGAGCGACAUGGGACGUGAAUUGGAGAGCAUUGGUCAAGUAACGAAUGUCGGUAAUUUACCACAAAUGCUCACCGAAGCCGAAGAUGCAAAAGUUGAAGUAGAGGGUCAGCUCUUAGAGAGGAACGCGCUACUGCAAGAGACAAGUGAAGAAUGGGAGCAAUGUGAACGUAAAUUGAAGGACGUUAAGGUUUGGAUGGAAAAGGCACGACAGAACUUGGAAUCGCCGCAGAACAAGAAGAAACCCUUGAGAGACCAACACGCUAUACGUGAAAAGAUGCUAAGCGAUGUAACCAUACAAAAAACAAAAAUUACAAUGAGCGUCGAAAAAUUACAAGUACACUUCCGUUCUGGUAUUGGUGGGGAUAGCCAUGUUAUCGAGACUGCGGAUGAGCUUCUCAAUGAGCUUGACAUUCUCAAUAAUACCAUUAAAGAACAAACUGGGUCCUUAGAACUUUGUCUUUCGCAAUUAGAUCAAUAUCAACAGGAAAUUCAACAACUUCGUCAACAAACAGUACAAGCAGAACAACAACUGAGGACUGUUUUAAGUCCAACUUAUCUAUCUAACGAUAGAGAAAAGGCAACACAAGAACAACAGGCCUUGCUGAUACGGAUGGAGGAAUGGAAGGAACGCUUAUGGAUUUUGGACAAUCACAUUCACGAAAUAGAUCCAAACUAUGAUACAUCGAGUACAGAGAAUGCCAGUAAACAGAUUGGUAAUUUUUCUUACGCUGCUAUCGCUGCAGGACGAUCAAGAUCAAGUUCUCGUCAUGUAAGUCCUUAUAGCAAAACUGAUCACGAUUCAACCUUCAAUCUUCCACAAUGCGUAACUGUAAACACUCAGUUAGAUCAAGAUAGAUCAACUCAGAUAAAAAUGCAAGAUAAAGUUAAAGACGAUGUUCAAAAGAAAAAGAAAGAAAACAAAUUAAAGUCCGAAACCAGUCCUCGUCGUAGUAGAUCUCCAACAAGAAAACAAGCGACCAAGCCGAUUCAAAAAUCAUCUGAAUUAAAAAAAUCGAAUAUCACUAAUGUGGAAUCCGUACAAGUAGAAAAAAUACUAAAUAUUAUAGAGUCUACUGUUCAGCCAAAUUUAAUGCCAUGCGAAUCAAAACAUGAUAGGCCAUCUAGCCCCGUAUGGAUUCCAGGAUCGACAUCAUAUGCGGAUAUUUUGAGAGGUACCAAUUCAUCUUCAAUACUAUCAUUAGAUUUAGAUGAAGUAAUUGAUGACACAGCAUCUAUGAAAAAUAAAGAUUCGAAUAAAGUCUUAAAAGAAAUUUCCCUAACAAAAUCUCAAGAUUCAAAAAUAAAGUGUGUGGAAACUAAGUUAGAUGAUAAAAAUAAAAAUUCAAGUUUAGAAGUAUUUAAUAAAAAAAAUCCAAAUACAGUACUGGAAGAACGAGAUUUGACAGAUCAAGCAUCUAAUAAUUAUAAUUCAUUAAGUGAAUCAAUUAUUAGUACAAGUCCAUUAAUUGAACCAAUGCCACCACUAGCAGAACUUAUUCAUUCGGAAUUAAAUCCACCUCAAGAAAAUGCAUAUACGCAUAACCUUACUCAAGAAUCUAUUCAACAAAUGAAAACUACAGUCCAAAAUCACUGUGAAACUCAGGCUAAGCAUUUAGAUGCCCAAAAUGUACAAAAACACGCUUCUACUACUAAUUCGAAUAAAAAUCACCCAAAGAAGUCCAAAGCUCAAAACGUACCUAAUCUUCUAUCAAAUACCUCAACAGAAGGUAAUUUAAUAACUAAAUCUAAUGCAAUAAUAGAUAAUAAUCAAGUUUCUAUAUGUUCUGCAGAAAAUAAAAAUCAUUCGGCUUUAACUACUGAUAUAACUCAAAAUAUUGAAAGCAUGAAAAGCAACACAACGAAGCCCGAGUGUAACGAAUCAUCAUGUUCAUACGCACAAAUAUUAUCACAAGGUUUAACAUUUUCAGAUAUCGUAAUACCUACAUCUAAACAAACAUCAAAUACAAUGACAGAACGAUCUAUCUCAGCAAAAUGUAAAACUUCAAUUUCAAUCGGUAAAAAGUCAGUGCUUUCUGAAUUAAAUAAAGAAGAAAAUUCUAUUGAAGGACAAGAAAAAAAUUGGGAUACAAUAAAAAAGAAAGAAACUAAACGAAAACAAAUCGUAGAACAACUACCUAUAAACGAAGAAAAUUCUCAACAAAGUAUGAAGAAAGUCGAAAAAACUAAAAUUGACUCUAGAAAAAUAAAGAAAUCUACAGAUAUUUUGGAUAAUUCGAAAAAUUCCCAAAUUUCUGAAAAUAAAAUUUCGAAAUCUGGAAUAAAUCCAGAAAUUAAACAAAUAAAAAAUAAAAAAGUUGAACCACUUAAUGAAAAAGAAAAGGUAUUUUCGGACAAAACUCCUUCAAAUAAAUCAAUUAUAAAUGUGAAGGAUAAAAAGGAAAGACAAAAAAAGAAAAAAUGUGAUAAGUCACUUGAAGAUGAAAUUGAUAAAGCGUUAAAAGAAAUAGAAAAUAUAGACAAACAAAAAACAAAGAUGAUUACAGAUAAGUCUAAUAAAGAAGCAUGUAAACUAAAAAUUAAUAAUGAAUUGAAACCCGAACGAAAGCAAAAAUUGAAAUCGAAGCAAAGAAAAGAGCACAUUAUAACUGAAAAAACAGAAAGUAAUAAAUCUGAAGAAUAUCCCGAUAAGGCAAAAGAUAUUAAAAUUAACAAUGAUAAUAAACAGAAUACUAGAAUAAAUCUUGAUACUAAUGAAAAUGAUGAGAUAAAUAAAAUAAACGAUAUAAAUAUUAAUAAAGCAAUUUCGAUACCUUCAAAUGAAACGAAAAAAUCCAACGCUGAAAAUAUUCAAAAUUUAGGUAUUAAAAAAGAUGAACAAAAUAAGCGAGCAGCAAUGUCUUCCGAUAAAUUGAAGAAAGAGAGUAUCGGUUCCCAAAAUAUUGAAAGUAGUGUACGUCCUACCGUAAUUGACUUAUUUAAAGAAGAAAAUAAUUUUAUUGAUACUGCUAUUACUACUACAUCAUUGGAUAAAAUUACGGAAAAAGAACAUUCAAACUCAGAAACGGAAGUUCUUACCUUAGAUAGUAUAUUACCGGAUAAUGAUCCGCCAUUAUUUGGUAGUGUGCAGGAUAGGAGAAAAAAUAUUUCUCCUAAAGCUCAAUCUUCCUUAAAUAUAACUAAAAAUCUAAAGAACAUCGAAGCUAUGAAAAUAAAUCAAUUGGAACAAUCUAAUGAAAUAUCGAUCGAAGAAAACAUUGCUGAAGUAAAUAUAAACAAAGAUAUUAAUACAAAAGAAUCGAAGAUCUCAGAGAAAAUUAAUAAAACUAAUGAACAAAUUGUACAGGAACCACUGAUGAGUAAAAAUUCUGGUAAUGAAAGUAAAUCGUUAAAUAUAGAAGGAAUUAUUACAGAAUCAAAAAUCAAAUUGCCAGAGACUACGUCGAUAUCUGAAUCCCAACCACUAUCAAACGUAAAUGAAAUACUGAAUGACCCUAUAAAUGAAUCAAUAUCCGAGGUUAAAAAUUGCAAUAAAAAUAAUGCUUCAUUAACCAAAAAUGUAUAUGUAAAUUUAAGUCAAACAGAAGAUGAUGAUAAAAAAGAAUUGUAUAUAGAAUCGAACACAGAAAAGCAUGUUGUACCAUCUUCAGAUAAUUUAGAAAUUGACUAUAUAAAUGAGUCAAUAGCAUUUAAAAAACUUGAAUGUGAAAGUAAAAGUAAAAUUGAUGUAAAUCAAACUAAGAAGCCUCAUACUGAAAAUAAUCAAACGCAUAUAUCUACCAAUGCAUUAACAAAUCAAUGUGCUGACAAAAAUGUGUCUCUAUGUAAUCCAAUUGCUACAGAAUCUAAUACCGAAGCCCAAGAUUCUUCCCCUUCUCUAUUACGAGAACAAGCCAAAAAACAAUCUAUAAAUUUAAGUAAAAGACAGGAAAAGUCUAAUACAAAAAAAGAUAAAUCUACCACUUCAAUAAUAAAAAAUGAAUUAAAUACUAAAGAUAAAUUGGAUAUUGAUACAAACGUAAAAUUAGAAAAGGAAGCAAAUGAAGAUGUAAAAAAAGAUCAUUCUGAAGAAAAAUUAAAAGAAUCAAUAAUAGAAUCUAAUGAUCGUUCAUGCGUUGAAGCAUCUGCAGCCAGCGAAAAUCAAAUAAAUAAUACAGAAGCAAUGGGUAUUAUAUCUGAACGGAACCCAUUGUGCUUUGACGACGAUGAAAUUUUGAAGUCAGUAAAAUCCUUAAAAGGUACAAAUGAAAAGGGGCCGAGGUAUCUCCAAGGAGAGGAAAUGCUUACGCCAAAAUUUAUAGCAGAAUUCAUUGAAAAUCAUCCAUGGAAUGCUGAUCUUACGGAAGAAGAACAAGAAGAAUUUGAUUUUAUUAUGGAAAAUAAUACUCUAUUGUUAGAUGCAUCUCAAUUUGAGAAUAGAGAAUGGCUGAGGGAAGCAAAAGAAAAUGCAGAAGCUAGAAUUAAAAAGCAAUACAAGAAAUAUUUGGAACAAUUAGAUGUACAAUUUGAAAAAGAAGAUGCCGAGGAACCAGAACUUGGAAAGAAACUGAAAGAAGCUGCAGAAGCAUUGGAGAAAGAAAAAUCUAAGACACAACCUGAAAAUACUGAAAGUAACACUGCAAUUCAAAAAGUUCAAGAUUCUGAUAAGCAAAAAUCAAAAAAAUUAGAAACAGUUAAAAAAUCUUCAUCUAAAGAACAACAACAAAGUCUAAUAAAAGGAGGCGAAAAAUUAAACUCUAAUAGUAAAUUAGCUAGUGAACAAGACGUCGCUGCUACUAAUGUACAAAAUGUAAAAGUACAGCCAAAGAUACGUAGUGAAGAAAUGCAACCAUUAGAGCGUAAAAAUGCUAACACACAAGUAAAAUCUCAUGAAACAAUGUCCGCACAAAAAUUAAACAAAAAGCAAACGAUAAAAAAAAUCGAAACAAAUAAGAACUUAAAAAUAGACAAUGAUCAGAAAAAUAUUGAUAAAACUAUUCGUACACAGACUUUAAAAAAUGUACAAACAGUGAAAGACUCAAAGAGUAAAGAGAUUAAAGAAAAAAAUGAAUGUAAUGAAACGAAAAAAUCUAAUGACAUAUUAGAGACAAAAACAGCAUCGAAAAAUCAAAAAACUUCAAUGAAUUCCUUAACCAUUGAAUCAGAAAAAAAAGAGGUGGCUAAUGAGCAUCAUAAACAAUUAAUUAAAACAAACCAACCUGAAAAAGUUAACGAAAAAAUGAUAAAUAAAAGUGAAAUGAUAGCUAGUGAGAGUAAAUACAAUGUACAACAAGAAUCAAGUAAAAAUAUUAAUGAAAAAUCGCGAAUUCAAGAGAAAAAAUUAAAAGAAAAAAAAUCAAAUACAAUGACUAUCAAACCAAAGUCAGAAGAAACAGAUGCGACAAGAAAAGAUAAAAAUAUAUCCAAAACGGAACCAAUUUUCAUAGGAAAUAAUGAUAUUCCGGAUACACAUUCAAUAAAAUCAGUAGAUAUUGCUAAAGAACGAAAGAAAAAAACACCAAAUUCGAAAAAAGAACAGUCUACAAUUAAUGAAAAAGAUUUAAAAUCUCAUGAAAUCGUAGCAAAAGUCGAAAGUUGUGAAUCGAAAGUAGCAUCAAAGUCUAGUGAGAAACAUAUGGAAAAACAAGUAACAACUGACAAUACGUUACAACAAUUAGGCGCAAUUUCUAAGGAAAGAAAUAAAAAGUUCGUUAUAGUCCCUGUUGAAAGUCAAUCGGUACUUCCUCAAAUCAAUUUAUUGACAGAAGAAAGACUCGAAUCAACGGAAAAUCUUGCGCAGGUUGACGAUCAAGGAUUUACGGAAUUUGUCACAAGAAAAGAAUUAAGAUCACGUCGUUCGCGAUCCCGUUCAAGAAGCUUACGUAGAUCUGAACCGGAGAAUGAACAAAAUAAUAUGGAAUUAUUUCGACCAAACACAAGUGAAAAGCAACGUAUCGAAGAAUUUGAUAAAUCUAAAAAAAAUGAUGGUAAUUCGCAAAUAAACGAAGCACAAUUGCUACAAAAUACAUUUGUACAAGAAGAGAUUAAUAUUGACAAUCAAGCUACACGCUCUACUGACAAUUCUGUGAAUAAAAAGGAAAUUUCAGAGACAAUCAUCCCGGCAUCACAAAAACAUAAUAUUUCUACAAAUAUAUUUCAGCCAAAUACCGAGCCACUAGCUAACGAGGAUAUUGCGAGAGAAAAGGAAGAUGCUACUGCAGCGACAAAUGCAGCCUCUACAAUUGUGCCGCAAGUAAAACAAAGUGACUUUGAUAUUAAUAAAAUCGAUAAAAUGAAGGAUGAUCAUCAAGUAGAUGCUAUGAUACAGAAAUUAAACGACACAUCGUCCGAUAAUAUAUCGGAAAAUAACCUGCCAAAAUUAAAAGUAACAUUUUAUAUAGACGACGCCGAUGAAAUAGUCACUAUAGAUCAUAAUAAAUCAGCAGCAAAUGCACCGAAAUGCAUAUUAAAUGGGGAUCCGAAGGGAAAAAUACCAAUUCCUCCUUGGGUCGAGUUUGCACUUGAAGAUAACGGUUUUUGCACGAAGAACCAUUUGUAUCAAGAGGCCGAACGUAUAUUUUUUGAAUCACUUGCUAAGGUAAAAAAAGAGAAAAAAUCUGUCAGUUCUCCAAUAAAAGAUUCAAAUGAUAAAGAUGAUGAGCCGGACGAUAAUGAUAAUGAUAAUGGGGGAGGAAAGGGCAAACACUUAGACAAUUCUUCAAUAACACAAUCCUCAAAUUCAAAUAAUGAGAUAUCGCAGACUGAGCAAUUGGUUGCGGAUUUGCCGGGCGGGAUUUGUAGUUGGAGCGACUAUAGCACUUAUUUAGUAUUUGAAAAAAAAAUAUUGAUUGAUGACGAACAGAAGGCGCGUACGGGAAUUUUAAACAUACCGAAAACUGUUAAAACUAUUGUAAAAACUAAUACCGAUUCAUUAGCAUCGUACUCAUAUCAUCCAAUAUCCUAUCCAACUCCCACUAUUAAUUUAGGUAUAGAGUCAAGCAGUUCGAGCGAGAUGCAAAAUAUCUUAGGGGAAAUGAAGAUCCAUAACCCGGCUCAGAAGAUCCAAGAUAGUAAUACCCUAACGAUUAAGAAAAAAAUUGAACACAACAUCGAUGACCUCCAUCUAGGAGUUCGUCAACUUGAAGGGAUUUUGAAAACUCUACCGCGUGAUAAUUUGCAACCCAUGAUUAGUAUUAUUUCGGCAAUAUUGGCCGAUUUGCGAUACUAUAAUCAAGAAGCUUGUAGAAUUGAUAACGAAUUAAACAAAAUGCUCCAUGAUUCAGAACGCGUAAAAUUGAAAGCAUCAAUUGUUGAAAUUCGAAAAAAUCUUACAAGCUUAUUAAACGAAGCAGAACAGGGUCAAUCAAUUCUUGAAGAAGCUCGCGCAAAAGAGGAAAAAAAGAAACAAGAAAUCAGAGCUUAUAAACAAUGUCUUGAAGAAACUGAAGCCUGGAUUACGCAUAUUAAAUCGGCAAUUAACAAUGAAGUUAAUAGCCUCAAUUACCAGGUUCUACAGGAGGAAAUAUUAUUUCGUCUACAGUGCUUAACUGACUUAGAAUCCAAGGCAGAAGUUAAAAUGUUAGCUAAAAAUUUAAAAGAAGACUUGCAAGAUAUGGCAAAUCACGUUUUGCUGAAGUUGCAGCUGAUGGUCGACGAAAAUGAGCCAUUGGCUCAGAUCGAAACUACAAAUAGUACCGAAGCCACGCUAGACCGAGUAUCAUCGAUUCAUUCUUCAUUUGAAAAUUUAUCACCAUCAUUAGCAGAUGUUUCUCUACAAACAGGACAAAGCUUGAUUCAGGAUAUAGUAAUUUAUGAACCAAAACAAGAAUCAUUAACUAAGAAUAUAUCAACGCCUAUACCAAUUUCUACGGCUUGUCAGACUUCUGAAAGCACAGUUCAUCCGAAAAACCCAGGACUUCCGAAAAAUACACAAAUUCAAGAAAGUAUAAAAAUUCUUAAAAUUACAGAUGGUAAUCACGACGUUAUUGAAAUUGCAACUAAAAAUAUUUUACCUUCAUCGAAUGUAGAUUAUUCACAGCAUGAGAUGCAAAAUAUAGAUCCUGAUGACAUCGUAGUUGAUAUGAAAUAUCAAGAUGCACAAAAACAAGAAAACGUAACCUCUGAAUUGAAUAUACAACAUAUUGCUCCUCAGUCAUUUGAAACAGUUCUUAUGGAGCCAGAUGAUGUUACGACAGAAGUCGUUGUAGAUAGUGAUGGCACAAAAAGGAUUAUUGUGCGUAAACUUCGUCGAACGCUUAUUACUAAUAGGCAAACAGUAAAACAACAUGUUUCACAAUUAUCUACUAAAUUAGGUGACGGACCUUCUGUAGUUCAGGCGUUUUCCGAGGCUACAAUGAAAGGACAACAGCUUACAAUGACUAGGACUAAAGCUGACGGAGUUAUUGAAAUGGAAACAAAACAAUCAUACGGGAGUAAAUUAGUAACUGGAGCACCUGGUGAUCAAUUACACAUUGAAGAAUAUCAAAGUUCUCCAGAAAUUUCUCAUCAAAUAAUACAAAGUGAUAAUAAGACUUUGAAUCCAAAUAUACCUGAAUUUAACCAAGCCGUUUCAGAAAAUCCAGAAUAUCGUACAAAAACAUCCACAGUACAUGCGGUAGUGCAACAAGUAACAAGAAAAGUCAUUAGAAAAACACGACGUAUUAUCAGAAAAGUUACUAUUAUCGAUGGUAAAGAAGUGACGAGUGAAGAGAUUGUUGAAGAACCAGAGGAAGUGGAAAUUGAUGAACAGGACAUACCACAUAUAAGUAUUAAUGUUAUUAAAAGCGACAAGCAAGAUACAUUUGAUAGUGAUGAUAGUUUGAAAGAUAUAUUAAAUAAAAAUAAAGACAAUCGAAAUGACGUAAACACUCAAACUAUUAAAGUAGAGAUUGAUAGUGAAUCACGCGAAACAGAUAUUUCACCAUCAAAUAUUGUAAUUGAAAAGCCUCAUAUAGAAAUGCAAUCUACAUAUGCAGAAAUAAUUCCGGAAAAACAACAAACAUCAAAAAAAUCACAAAAGGAAAUAUCGAAAUCAAGCCCCGAUACCAUUGACGAUUCAUUGAACUUUGAAAAAGCCUACACAAAUGAAGAUAAAAUGCAUUUACCGGAAGCUGAACUUGCUGAAAAAUCAUUUAAUACCAAAUCUACAAGCACAAUUGAUAAUAAAGAAAAUAUCGAUCAGAAUAAACUAUUUUCAGAAGAGAAAUGCGAAUUAAAACAACCACUAAUCGAGACUCCCGUUGAUGAAUCCUCGGAGUCAGUAAUGAAAAACGUGUCUUCAUUAGUAUCAACAACCAUUGAGAAAACACCAGCAAUAUCAAAAGCUAAUUGUAAGUUUGAAGAUAGAUUAGAAGGAACAUCUUCCAAAACACCUGAUAAUACAUUAGAAUCUGGCACAGUAGAUUUAGAUAAAGAGCACACUGACUUUAUUAAUAAAUGCACAGUAGACGUUGACGAUGAUUUCCAGUCAGAUUUUACUGAUACUCCACAGAAAGAUGGCAAUGUUAAUGAAGAGAAUGAAGAACAUUUAAUGGACAGCGUAACCGCAAUAAAGCUAUUAGAUGAAAACAAACAACAAUAUCAAUCUAUAGAGCCAUAUACAUUAGGAGAAAAAAGUUCAAAAAAUCAGGAAUCAAUGAUUGAAACUAUUGACGAUAAUUGUAAAAUUAUUCCAGAUACUACAGCCUCUGAAAGUAUACAAACGAUUGAUGUCUUGUUACCGGUAAAUAAUAAAGAGGAAUUAAAUAACAAAUUAUUGUUGCCUGUCGAAUCACAUGCCAAAAGGGCCGAAGAAAAUAUUUUAAACGUGUUUGAUGAAAGUGUUAAUAUUAUAGUGCCUGUUGAAAAGGAAAGUCUUGAAUUCAUUAGCAGUAGUAAAGUUACAACUCGUUCAUCAUCUCCCGAAGCAACUAUUUCUGCAUUCUUACCAGUUGUACAAAAUAUAAAAACCACUGAAAUUUUAGAAGAAGUAUUUGAGACGAGUGACGCAAAUGUACCCAAAAAGAAGAAGCAUUUAAAAAAUAUAAAGGACGAACACAUAACUUACGAAGAAUCUAGUGUUUCGCCAGUUGCUCCUAAUAUAAUAAAUGCACCUGAUAUUGAUAAAGUACAAUCUAAUGUAUUAAAAUACGUAACGCAUCAACCUGACCUUGAUAUUCCUGAAAUUGACGAAUCAUCCGAUACUUUUUCAGCAGAGAAAGAAGAGACCUUUGUCGAAGAUGGUUACGAAGCAGAUCAAAGAACAACUGUCGAAGAGGUGCUCCCAGCAUCUGAAAUCGAUACCGGUAAGAAAAAGAAAAAGAAAAAGAAAAAACAAAAGGCUCGACUACCAAAAGACGAUAAUAUUGAAUCAUCUAAAGAAAUGGGUAGUGAAUUUCAGUUAGAAAAUGAAGCUGAAUAUAUGAAAAAAGAAGAAAUUAAAAUAAUAAAAAAAUCAUCAAAGAAACGAAAAAGAAAGAAGGGAGACAUUGAAAUAUGUAGCAGUGAUGAUGUUUUUCCGGAAUUAAGUGAUAAUACAGUGAAUGAAGAUGAUAGUCAAUUUGCAAGUGAAUCCUGUGAAGCAUCCACUUCCAAAGCGAUUCCAAUAAUGUCAAAAGACCAAAUAAAUGCAAUAAAUGCAUCACAAAUAUUAGAUAAUGUUGAUAAAUCCAAAUAUGAAAUACAAACAUUAAAACAAGAAGUAGAAACUGAAACACAAACAUCGCCAUACUCUACAGCUGAUAUUAUCUUACAAACGCCAGUAGACAUCAUGCCAGACAUUAAUAAUACUUCAAUGCAAACUUAUAAUAUUAUCCAAACCGAAGAUAUUGCACUUCAAACAACUCCAAGAGAACAAAACUCUCCCACUUUAUUAGAAGCAGAUACGCAAACAAUAAUGACUAAACUACAAAACAUAGAAAUACAAACAUUGCCUGUCGAACAAAACUUAACAACAGAAACAUCGAAUGAUCGAAUAACAACUGAAUUUGAAAUUGAUGAAGAACCACAAAAAAUUAUGACAAGUAUACCUGAAAAAGUUAUGAAAGAAAUGACAAUACAGACAACGGAAGUCCCAUUAGUCGAAGUGACAGAAAAAUCUAUACAAACUAAUGAGUUCAGUCCACGCAAUCUUUCAAAAGAACGAGAUGUUGAUGCACAAAAUGAUUGGCUAAAUAACGAGGCAUUAAAUAAUGCUGAAUCUCAAACAAUAUUAAAAUUAGAUACUCGAGAAUGUCAAAUACAAACAAUUCCUACUGAACAAGGUCUGCUAAUUAAUGUCGAUCCAUCCAAUGACAGUUCACAAAUUACGUCACUAUAUCUUCCGAGUGAAAAUGCAGAAUUCUGUAAAAACAAAGAAGUAGAAAUAGAAAUCAAUGAAUUAGUUCAAGAUGUACCUGAAUCAUUAUCUUAUUCUAUACCAGAAAAUAUUUCAAACGGAGAAGAAAUUUCUACCAAUGUGGAUAUAAAAAUAUUUGAAAAUAGAGAGGUACCGAUCCAACCGCCUGAGUUUGAAGAAAAUAUGAAUACUGAAUUGCCGAUUAUUCAAAAUAAAAUGGAACAGGAAAUGCCUACAACAUCUUUGGAAACAGUUCAGAUACCGAGUUUGCCAUUUGAUAAAGCAGAAAGUGAAACAAUUGAAAGCAUUUCAAUAAUACCUUUGGAAAUAUCUGAAAUUGAAAGCUUACCACUGGAAAAUAUAGAAAAUAAAUUAUCACUUGAAUCUGAUGAGCAUUACAAUAAAGAAGAAACUCUUCAACUUACUUCGGAAAACUUUGAAUUAUCUCCUCAAAUAGAAACCAUAUCCGCAAAGCCAUCUGAAUCUACAUUAAAUGACUCACAAAAUUUAGAAUCUUUGCAAGAUGUUAGUUCUAUGUCCGAAUCUUCAUUUGAAAUACAAAUUCAAGCCACUGUUGACAUAUGCGAUAGUCCUACCACAGAUUUAACAUCUCAAGAUGCAUCUACAAUGGAAGAACCUAGUAAAGAAGAAUCAUUAAAAGUUAAACGGCAGAAAAGAAAGAGACAUAGAAAUAAAACUGUGGAAAAAAAUGACUCUGUUCAAUCUAAUGAAAACCCAACAUUGGAUUUAUAUUUUGACCAAUCCAAAAUAUCUAAUAAAGAUACAUCAAUCUCUAAUGAUUUUAAUUUAGAUACUGUAGACAAAAAUCCUAAGAAAAUAAUUUUCACUCAAAGAAACGACGACAAUAAAAUAUGUGUAAUGACCGAACCAGAAUCUUCAUAUACGAACCAACAAUCCAAUUUACUAACAAAAAGUACAGAAGAUGUAAAAAUAAAAAUUGCCGAUCCCAUCAAAUCAAAUGACGAUGAAAAUGUUGAAUUUCGUAAGCUCACAGAUUGGGAAAGAAAUAAUGAUAAAAAUUUUGCAAUUCAAAAUGUCGAUAUCAAUCCUUUAACUAAUCCGAAUGUGCAAUGUAUACGAAAUCCAAAAGAUAGCAUAAUCCAGAAAACUGAAAAUACAAAAUUAAUGCUCACUCGAGAUAAAGAAUCGCAAGGCUUAAAACAACGUACACUUUUUCCAAAUAUAUUACAUAUUUCUAAACUGGAAAAAGCAGUUCCCGAGAAAUUAAGUGAAAAUCAAAUAUUAGAAAUGCCCAAAGACUUGGAAGUAUUAAAAGAAGCUGUAGAGCAGAAUAAUAGUACGAUAAUUGAACAAAUUUUCGUUGCCGUAGUUGAAACACUCUCAACUUGGUUGGAAAAUAUUGAAUCUAAAAUAUAUAUAAAUAAGGAAUCCCUGAUAGAUCCGUCUCAAAACAAAAUAGAUGCAGUCGAAUAUAAGAAUGAAAUGAAUCAUAUAAGGAAAAACAUCCACGAAUUAAAUAAUAUCUGGAAUGCGACGGAAAAUAAUUAUCCUCAAAAAGAACGUGAAAGACUUAAGCAAUACAUCCAAGCAUUGAAAUCACAAGCCGUGGCAAUUGAAGAAGUAGCUGAAAACGAGGAAACAUGCGCUACAUCAGAAAUCACUAAAUGGAAUGAAUUCUUAAACGAAGUAAAUGAUAUUGUAAGAAUUGUUGAGAAGCAAAAACAAGAAUUAGAUGACAUAAUAAACAGUGAAAUUUCAAUAUCUUCGAAACUUGAAGAAUUGGAUAAAAUAGAGAAUAUAAAUUUGAAUAAUAUAGAAACGAUAAAUAAAAUAUUUUUAAAAAUAAAAGAGUUGUUACGUGAUGAUAUUGAUAAAGAAAUUCCUCAAGAAUUGAAUGCAACGCAAGAUAUAAUGGGAUAUAUUGAACAUACUAUAGCGGUUGAAAGGGAAAAACUUUUGCAACUAUUAGCUCUUAUAGAGGAAUACGAACAAACUUUACAUGAAUUUUCUCAAAUUACAAAAAUUGCGGAACAUCUUGUUGAAAGUCCAAUAUCAGUUAUGAGUUUAGAACACCUACGAGAUGAAAUACAGAGACAUAGAAAGUUCUUUAUCAACUUAAAUUAUUGCAGAGCUAUUUUAGAAUCACUGGAUGAUAAUUUAGAUGCUGAAACAAAAGAAAAAUAUUCAGAACUUCACACGCAAUUACACGAUAAAGCUAUUUCAUUGUUGGACCAAGCGUCAUCGAAAGCUCAACAAAUGUCUUUGGCGGCUUCCAGAUGGGUGGUAUUGGAGCAAGGAAUUAAGGAAGAAAAAAGAUGGCUUCAAGUUGCACAUCAACGGAUUCCUGAUUUGCAAAAUGUCACAUCAACUGACUAUGAACAAUACAUAUCAUUAUAUCAGAAUUUAUCAUUGGAUAUAGCGAAUCAUCGUGUUCGAUUGAUUCAAUUGUUAGAUUUGGCUCACAACCUUAAAAAUCUAAUUGACAUCGAGGAUUCCGACGAUCGUUAUGGGAAUGUACUUGACGAGAUAACAAAACUUCAAGAAAAAGUUGAUUCAUCGCUCAAACGUCUGGUAGCCUUUCGCGAAAGCUGGACGAAUCAAGAAAUAUUGGUUAAUAGACUUGAAAAUUGGAUGUCUAGAGCUGAAAGAGAACUUACUUUAGUCGAUGAUCCAAGCGAUGGGCAUAUGCGACAAUUUUGGGAAAUAAAAGCUCAGUAUGAAGUAUACAAUAACAUGCGCAAUGAAGCAGAUAAUUGUUUUGAACAGGCUCUUUGUAUUGUUUUAUUAUUCGAUGAAACGGUUCAGCGGCAAAUUCACGAAGAAAUGACAAAACGCUGGAAUAGCGUAAGCAAAAAACUAAAAAAUAUACAAGAUAUUGUUAAAAAUAACAUGUCAUCCGAAGACGUACCAGUCGAUGAAAAAUUAAAUCUACUCGAAAAAGAAUUAUACGAACUGCGAACGACGAGUAACGAGUUUCAUGGUGUCAUAAAAACAGAAGAAGAAUUAGAAUUAUACGUUGAAAGACUUUCAGUUUUAUUCGAACGUACAUAUAUAAUACAGGACGAGCUGGGCCGAUUGGGCCUACUCCCGGCGGCGAAGAGCGAACGCGUAGGUACGCUCUUGUCGACGGGCCGUCGCCUCGAAGGGCAAAUCGGCGAGGAGCUCGAGGCCGCUCAGCUACUGCGCGAGCGACUUCAGAGCCUGAGACGUGGCAUUGACCGUGUCCGCAAGAUUCACGAGCGUCACGAGCUUACCCUAGACCAGUUCGAGAGCAGCGAGCGUCAAUGUUGCGAAACCGUGGCCGCAGCGGUCGAGCGCUGCCAGGCCAUCACCGAGGACCUCGUCCAGCUUUGGCAAGAAAUCAUGAGCUUAAGGCAACUCUUGCAUACUCUCCCAAUGGCUACGCGCAUUUCUGUAUCGCCGGUCGGCGUAGAGCGCGAUAUUUCUGGCCUACAGGAUAAGCACGUAUCUCUCGAGGCGCGAUGCGUGAAACUUCUGGGCUCUCUCAGGAGCCGCUUGACGCUCUGGCGGAGAUUCGAAAAGCAGUUGGAGAUUGUGCAGCAAUCGGUGCAGGAGGCCGACUAUAUGAUGGAGCUUCUCUCGGUACAGGGUAGCGUCGAUUAUGACCGACUGCUCAAAGCAACGGAAAGACUCGAGGGCUUAAACGGCAACUUCAUAGAGCGCGAAGUCUUGAUAAACGAGCUGAGGUCAGCAGCGGAGCCACUGCGUGAGUCCUGUACGGACGAAGUCAGCGAGCGCAUCGACGCCGUGGUAAAUGAGGCUGUGCAGGCUUGGGAAAGUACAAAGUCAGAGUUGGGCGCUCUUUGUAACAAAUAUCAGCACGCAGUCAGUCUGUGGGAACGAUAUAAGGACUCUAGCGCCGCCGUCAAGGCCUGGGUCGACACACAAAUGGGCACUGUCGCCAAUCUGCCACCCGAAGAGGUCCUCAAGAAAGUUAAGGUUUGUGAGGAUACUCUGGCAGAGCACAAGGAACGACUGGCUGAAUUGCGCGGCCUCGUAGCGCAAAUCGCUUCGGACGUUGGUUUGGACGCGGGUGGGCCACUGCAGAGCGAUAUCGAAGCUCUCGGUCAACGUCUCGAAGAUAUGCGCGAAACUCUAUCUACAUUGGCCGACACCGCAGACGCCAGAGCUCUUAAUCAAGAACUUGCCCUGGCCGACAUAUGUCAGACAAAGAAUUUCCUUGAUUCCGUGCACCAGAGCAUCCUACCAGUGGAUCGGGACGAAUCAAAGGAGCAGCUUCAACUCUUACGUAGCCACCUGCUUGCUCUGAGUCGUGCAGAGCCGCAGCUUCAUUCAAUAAAGGAACGCGCUCUUGAAAUUAGUCCGACGCGGGAACCAUCGAUAGUGGAGGUUCUCCAGCUUUGGCAACGAGUCUUUCGCGAGACGUUUCAGCAAUACCAUCGAUUAUCAGUUCGACUUGUUCGCUCUCAAGAUGUUGCUGCAGCUUUACGACUGUGGCAGGAGUACCUUGCUUACGUGCAAGAUUUUCUAUCCAGCAAUUUACCUGGCGACUACAGCGGUCUCUCGGAGGAUCGCAAUCUUUGCGAGGUGCACAAGAACCUUUUGACGGACCAACAGAAGCUUAUUUUAACGGUGCGCUCGGAAGAUGGCAAAGAUCUUUCAGUUACCGAACAAUUUAAUGCUCUUACGAAUGUCCAUAACGAAAGCCUAACGCGUAUAAUGGAGAGACACGCUGCUGUUGAUAAUAGGCUAGCCAGUUGGGAAGGCUACAGAAUCGAUCAGAGUAAGCUAUUGAUGUGGCUUAAAGACAUCGAUAAGGAACGUAGCAGAUUACAAUUGCGCUUUAUUCAUGUACGACGGCUCGACAAGAUUUUGCAAAGAAUCGAAGCCCUUUUGGAUAAAAUACCCAGUGGAGAAUCGCAGACUGAUGCUUUACAGAGGCAGCCGGAAUUAUUGUUGAGAAAUUGUGAUGAAGCGGUGGCCGUUUCGGUACGAAUGGAGCAUGCCGCAAACAUGCAACGUAUUUCUAAUAUUCGCGCCAGUCUAGAAACGUGGAAGGAAUUCGUUCUAAGGAUAAAAUCAUUAAACGAUAAACAUAUCGAGCAAACUGCUAAAAUCACAAAAAUCUUUUACGAAACUAAUCGAGCCAUUGCUACAGUUUCUAAGAUAAAUUCUGGCAAUUUGACGGAAAUUCGCCAGAACUUGGACACACUGCAGCAGCAUAAAACUAAACUAGUCACUUGCACAACGGAUUUGGAGACUUUGGGAGUAAUUACAGAGCAACUUAGAGAGUGCCUUAGCCCAUCGGAUAUGAAAUCACUUAAUCAACAGAGUUUUUUGCUUUGGCAGCAACAUGGCGAUCUUGAGCAUCAAUUAGCUUUACUGAUUUACAAACUCGGUGAACGCUGCACUUGGCAUUCGCGUUGGGAAAGCAGGUCUGCGAGAUUAUUGGUUUGGAUAAAAGAUACCGAGAAUAGAAUUCACAAUAGCGAUACUCCAAAUUUGGAUGAGCCUGAAGAAGCUUUAAAGCGUUUGGAUGGUGAGGUUCGGGCGGAAGUAGCUCUCAAGCAACGAGAAUUCGACUGGGUGCGGAAUAAUGGACUUGAACUAGCGAAUCUAGCUGAGCCGAGCGAAAAAGAGAAACUAGAGACGAGUCUGAAGGAGAUAAAUGACAGCUGGGAGGGUUUGUUAACGGCUGGAAAGUCGCGAGUAAACAAAAUGGUUGAUUUAAUGAAAACGAUGAAUACGCUUCAAGAGAGACUGGCGGAAAUUAGAACUUGGCUUAGUUCGCUAGAAAUUCAAAUAUCCGAGCCUUAUACGAUCGAAUCGGUGAAUCAAGCUACAAUUGAUAAUAAAUUACGAGACCAUGAACAAUUUCAUAAGUCUAUCGAAGUCGAAAGUAGUAAUAUUGCUGAAGUGCUAAAUCGUUGUGAAACAUUAUUAAAUGACUGUGACACCUGUAAGGCUUCAUUUAAUACUGAUGCUAUUAAGAGCGGAAUGGAAGGUUUAGAGCGAAGAUGGAAAGCGAUAUGUGUUAAGUUAUCGGAGCGCAAGCAGAGCAUUAUAUUAACGGGUAAAUUACUUGUAGAGCUAGAUGACCUGGGGCACGAGCAUGAGAUGUGGUUAGAAAAGGUGGAAAAAGAAUUACAGCAAUUAGAAGUAAAUCCAGCCGAUCUGUCAAAUCAGAAUAACGCGAAAAUUAUGGAUCGAGCUCAAAGAAUUUUAGAGGACGUUAAAGCUCGGCAACCUGCAUUACAAAUACUCGAACAAUGCUACAGUCGAUUAGCGAAGGGAGGCUUGGAACCGGACAAUUUGAAAUCGUUAACGAUGCCAACUAGGCAGCUAAUAGAUAGAUGGCAUGGCCUGACUCGGAUGAUCGACACAAUCAUAGCCGCCUUACAAAAAAACCAGAAGAUCUACCACGAAUUCAUCUCGGCGCACGGUGCCGCGGUAAUCGGUUUGACUCAAAUUGAUGUGAUGCUCACACAGUUUCAGCAUCUUACAACGCCCGAGCAAGAAGUUUCACCUCUAUCAAGACUUCAGCAACUCAACGAUAUUGAGUCCGAGUUGUCAAACAAAAUUGUAAUUUUACGCCAGGCAGAUGAAUUAGCGCUUCGAGUGAUGAGUGAAGCAAACCCGAACGACGUAGCUGAUAUUCAGCAACUUGUCGACGAGUAUCAGCUGCUUUGGAAAGACAUCAAACAACGUAUCGAUAAACUACGUGCCGAAAUUGAAGCUGAAGAACGCCAGGAAGUUGACGAGGCCGUCCAAGUGGAAACGCUUAAAUUUGAAAAGGACACAGCUGUGCAAGUGGACACGUUGCCGCAACUCGCUAAGAUGACGGCAUCCGAUGCGUAUUUGUUUGAGCUGGAGUCAGCAAUUAGCGAGUGUAGGGUGGCUUUGGAUGCUCUUGAAAGUGCAGCUUUACCGGAGCCGACUCCAGGAGCUGGACUUUCCUCAUCUGCACGAAAUAUUGCAAAAUUAAUCGGAUGCUGUCAGUCAACGAUAGAACUUGUUAAACAUUUACAUAAUGUUUUAUCCGAAGAGAAAAAAGUUGACAAAAAUGCAGAAGUUACCGAACUCGUAACUCGAUAUGAGAAUAUUUUGAAAAAGGCACGACAUCGAGAACAACAAAUCCGUGAAUUAAAGUUUCCCUUGGCUGGUGUUUAUUGCUUCCCUUGCGAACAUGAGAGUGGUCGGUUAACUUGUCCCCUUUGCUCAAAUCGCAACUGGGCUCAGUUGGAUAACGAUCUUUGGCGUCUGGAAAAAUGGUUGGAAUAUGCAGAAGGUACGCAAUGCGAGCAGCUUACACCAUCAUCGGACAUUGGAGAGCUCGAGGACGCUAUUCAAGAUCACCACGAAUUCUUAUUGGACCUGGAUAGUCACAAAAGUAUUAUCGUCAGCUUAAAUAUUGUCGGCGAGCAUUUGGCUGAUCACACGGAAAAUAUUCAACAAGCGGAUGAUCUGCGGGACAGACUCGCCAGUGCCAAGCUAAGGUGGAAUGAAGUCUGCAAAACGGCUGGCAGGUGGCAAAAUGCCCUACAAGCCGCCCUUAUUGGCAAUCAACAAUUCCACAGGAUCGUAGAAGAAUUAUUGGUGUGGUUGCAAAACACUGAGCAAAGUAUCCGCUCUAGUGAACCAAUCGAUCUCACCGAGAGCCAUAAUAUUUUACAAACCAAAUAUGAUACAUUUAAAGAAAUGCAAGAAGAUUUGGAGCGAUGUGAACCGAGAGUGCUUUCACUGCAAGAAAUUGCAAAUCAUUUGCUGGAGGAACAUAUCGAUGUUCGAGAGAAACUUAAAGAGCUGAAGAUUAGAUUGCAGUCCUUGAAGAGGCUAACAAACAUGUAUAUUUUAAAAUUAGGCUCCACUCUUGGUGUCGAUCCACAAGACGUUGGAUUAGCGGCUGCAGUCACUUCACUCGCGGUUCUUUCUCAAGAUUUACUCGAUGAUGCUGCUACUGGAACCGCUCAAGCUCAAAGUAUAAACUCUGCAAAUGUUGAGGAUGGAAAUCAGACAGUGUUAACAAGAGGGUAUCACUUCAUCGGAAGGGUAUUACGAGCUUCUCUUCCAAUUCAAGCUCUAAUGCUAGUAUUACUUGGAGCUGCCUCUUUAGUACCCUCCGUCGAAGAAGAUUACAGUUGUAUGUUCUCUAAUAACCUUGCAAGAGGUUUCACGCCUCUUGUUCAAUAUCCAAACGGACCACCACCUCUCUAAAAGAGAAUUAAAUAUUUUAUGCAUAAUAUUUAUUCAACAAUAUACUGAUGGAAGAGAAAGUGAAAUAGCAAUUAUUAUUUGAUAGUUUGUACAGGAGUUGAUUAGUGAACGAGAAGUAAUUGUAAGGAUGGAUAUAUUUUAAAGAUGUGCGCGCACAUCUAUCAAGUAAUAUAUAUAAUACUUAUUUUGCAUGGGACGUUUUGUAUAUAUAGAGACGAUAUACGAUGGACCAAGAACUUAAAAUCGAGAAUAUUUAUUAUGUUUAUUAUUAUUUGUGUACGAGAUAAUAAUUGUGGAAUAUAUGCAAGAAAUAUUAGAAAAGUAAAAAA